AUGCAGGUCAACAAUGAACUUGCCACGCUCCUCAAAGCGACAGCAGAUAAAGCAAUCGGGCAGCUGCAGAAUGCGGUUAAUGGGACCGUUGUGCCUACACUUAACACCGUGAAGCAGGCUGUUCCACACCUUGAAAGCAGCGCCAAGGAGGCCAGAUUGACGCUUAUAAAGCACUCUGGAACAGUUACCGAAAAAUUUGCUGCCCUGUGCAAGGCAGUCAAAGACAUCGCAGAUAACUCAUCCAGUAAUGAGUCGCUAAAAGGCCUCAAACAAAUAUUAACAGACUUCCAAACAGUAAUGCUUAAAGGCGGUAAAUCUGAGCAACUUCAAAAGAUUGUGAAUGAUCUUAGCGAACUCAUGGGACGUACUUUGGUAAACGCCAUCGAAACCGCCGACACUUUUAUCACAACAGACGCCUUUGCAAUAAGCGCUCCAAUCAUCGACAGUCUCCACGCUCACGUUAACCAGGAAGUCAAAGAUGCAACUGAAAAAAUUACGACGCAAGCGCGCCGACAAUAUGUGACGUCUAUCAUUUCACUACUCACAGAGUUUGCGAAUCAAACAAAUUGGGAACUGAAAGACUUGCCUCAAGAGAUUGAGGAUGACAAACACAUCGGCGUUAAGGGGUUCAUGGAGAAGUUGGAAAGCGAAUUUAUUUUGGAGGUGCAACAGAUUGAUGCCAUCGAUACAGUAGUUCGUCCAAACGAAAAUUCCCCGCUGAGCAAAGGAGCAAAAUUCUUAAACAACGCAUUCACUGCACUAUUCGACAAGUUGAGAAAGCAGACAGAUUUCUCCCCCAAUUACGACAAAUUGUGGCCUUCGAAGGAGGCUCUAACCAAAUUGUUGAGUGGUCUUGUCACCUCACAGCACUUUAAUCAUGACUUUAGAGUAAAUCUUCAAACACUUAAAAACCGACUAGGCGAAUUGGUUCCGCAGAAAUUCGGUGACGGCGACUGCCCGUUGCUGCUAAAUGCUUUGACUAAGGGUCUCCCGGACAUUGUCACGCAGCUUGGCCAUGCGUAUGUUAACAAAUACUCCGGUGAAGACUGGAAGAAGAAUCAUGCUGACAAGUACGCCAACAUCAUGCUUACCUCAACGUCAACGCUUUAUGAAGAACUGUAUCAUCUGUUCUACAGUUGCCACAAAGACUGGAGUAAACUGAAAAUUGACGGCAGCGAGAAAGUGACGAAGAAUAAAGGAGACUUUGAAAAAUAUUUGGAGAGUCAAGGCUACAACACUGUGAACCUUAUCAACAAAAAUCACACAGGUCAGGAAGUCGCCGAGAAGCUGAAGACGGCGUUUUCAAAUUACGACGAUUUCGACACCCCUUCGGAUCUCAGGUAUUCUGACGUCGGUACAUACCUUAAUUCCAUUAGGCGAGAAUGGGGACCGAUGUCCCUGCUCUACCGUCACUUAGCCACUUACUACAGUGUCUGUCACACUAGAAUUCCUACUGCCCCUAAAUCUCCAUGCUCCAUUCGUGAUAUGCUUGGUUGGAUGUGCGGACUCCGUACACUGCAGUCUAUCAGAGCAUUAAGACACAUUGUAACACAAUGCUCAACGAGAAAAUAA